GAUUGGUACAUCAGCCGGUUAACAGUUCUCGCUGCUCGCUAGAACAAAUAACUAGAGGUGAGCUGCAUCAUCCCUAUCAUAUAGUUGUCAUAUCUAAUGUGGUUAUAACGACUAGAUCCUUUGACCAAAGUGCUUAUCACGUUAUCAUUAUCUUCAAGCAGUUGUUUCCGAUAUCAAUUAUCAGCUCAAUUCGAAACACAAUUGGAAAGGUCAAGGUACGUUUGGCUUCUGAUCCGAUUGAAGUUUACCCAAAAAGUACUCGGCAAAAAUGUGGUGGAUGUUAAUAGCAGUGCUCUACAUUGCUUUCGAUGUAAACUACUUCAUCCGGGCUAUCUUCACCGUAAUUGUUAUCCUGUUUUCCAAGCGAGGUCUCAAGCUGUCUGAUACCAUCACGACCUAUGGCAUCUGCACCACCCAGGAUAUCGACAUGAUGCUCAAUCACAUGAACAACGCUCGCUACCUGCGGGAACUGGACUUUGCACGGUACCAUUGGUACGCCCGGACAGGAUUUUGGUCUAAAGUGCGAGCCAUGGGCGGUUCGGCCGUGCAAGCUACGGUCACGGUGCGCUACCGCAAGAUGCUUUCGCUGGGGCUGCCGUUCCGGAUAGAAACCAACAUGGUGUGGUGGGAUGAUAAGUGUUUAUUUUUCGAGCACAAAUUUAUCACCCUGUUUGAUGGGUUUGUUCGUGCGGUGGCUACCUCGAGGCAAGCGGUUACAAACGUAAAGUUGGAGGAGGUGUUGAAGCAAUUCGAUGAAUGUGCAACACGACCCGAGCAACCGGAAGAAAUACGACUUUGGAUGGAAUCGGUGGAGGAAUCCAGUCGGAGGUUGAGAAAGGAUCGGUAGACAAAAAAUCAAUUGUAGGAAGCUACGAAACGCUAUUGAUAACAAACCAAAAAAAUCUAGUCAUCGUACUUAUUAGCCUGAAAUUAAGUACCUAAUUGUAAUAAAGAAAAUGCUUUCA